GUUGCCUCGGUCACAUCUUUUUGUUUCAUCUUUACUCUCUCUCUCUCUCUCUAUCAAACCAAAAGCCCUACUCCCUCUCUUUCUCAAUCGCAAUGGAUGUUUUGAUGAAACACAACCUUGUCAAAUGCUUCAUCAUCUCUCUCAUUCUCAUUCUCGUCUUCCCUAUCUCACCAUCAUCAUCAUCGUUACCAUCAUCACCAUCAUCAUCAUCGUCAUCAUUAUCGAAUCAAGAAACAAGAGUAUCUACACAAAAGACAGAAACCUAUCUCAACGGCGACGAAUCACCGCACCAACUCGUCUACAUCAAGAAAAUGACGCCGUUUAUCUUGAACCCGCGGCAACGUGAUCAGCACCGUCGUCUUCGUUACAGCCACCACUACUACUACUACCGCCAUAGCAUUCGUCGCCGUGGUCUUCGUCACCGUGCCAACUACUUCAAGAUGAUGACCAAGAAAAACAGUAACGGUUUUAACCGACCGGUCCGACCGGAUACGUUUUCUGUUAUGCUUCCCAAAGGAUUCGUACCUCCUUCCGGUUCAUCUCCUUGCCAUAACCAGAACCCUAAUUCCGCUUCCACUCUCUUCUGCGAUCUUUCAAAAAAACCUUAGAGUUCUCCAGAACCGGUUUUCACGAUUCUUUUAUCACCGGUACAAGAAACGAUUUUGCUCUUCCACUUUUGUAAUUUUCACCUAUUAAUGAGAGAUAUUCGUAAUGAUCGAUGCAUUUUUUCACUGUCCAAUGUAUAAAAGUAAUGAGCAUAUAUGUUAGUUUCUUUUUGUCAUUGCAUUUAUGUUAAUCUAGUUUUGCUUAACUAGAAAAUAUAGUACGUAGCAUUAGAAUAGGGCUUUAACCAGCUGUAAAUAGUUUAUUUAAACAACAUUUAUUUUAUCGUACGUGCGGCUAAGCUAUUUUAUUCUGAGAAUUAAAUUUAAGAGGUCGGUAAAAUAAUAUAAAUACGAUGAUACCCAUUAAUACAGAUGGAGAGAAAUAGCAUAUUUGCCUCUGUUUUCAAGGUCAAAACGCAUUGUUUUGCGGCAAGAACAAGAGAGUAUAUUAAGCCGAUAGAAUUGGAAAAUAAGCAUGUGAAUUUGCAUCGUGAGCAUAAGCUCUUGUUUCAUGGCUUUUUUUUCUUAGCUUCAGUUCCAGUUUUACGUACUAUUGAACUGUGAUGAAAUAACUCGAUAAACGUACAAAGUUAGUUACAACAUAUUUUAAAUACUCUGGAUCAGCUAAAGGAGACUUAACCAGAGUGGUUAUCACUUAACCAUAAUAAACCGAUUUAUACUAUCUAAUACCCCCCGGUCAAGUCUCUGAAUUCAAACUAUCAGAAGGAAGAAAGAGACUUGAGAGAGACAUGCGAUCAAGUAAAGAGCGGAAAGGUCCAGUAUGCAGCGGCUUCGUGAAGAUGUCAGCAUGCUGAUUAGCACUCGAAACGUGCAUCAAUGUGAUGAACCCUCUCUUGACUUGAUCACGGACGGUAUGGCAGUCUAUCUCCACGUGUUUAGUCCGUUCAUGAAAGACCGGGUUUGUAGCAAUGUACAUCGCCGACUUGUUGUCACAGAAAAGCUUGGCUUUGGUGGUUACCUGAAUCUUCAGGCUGGUGAGUAGUUGUUGAAGCCAUAGAAGUUCACAAGUCGUGUAUGCCAUGCUACGAUACUCAGCUUCAGUGCUACUUCUACUAAUCACAUCUUGUUUCUUUGAUUUCCAUGUAAUCAAUGACGUUCCAAGGUAGACACAAUACCCCGUAACAGACCGUCGCGAAUCUGGACAUGUUGCCCAGUUUGCAUCCGAGAACGCAUUGAGACAGAGAGGUGAAGCAGCAGAGUAGAACAAUCCCUGGCCUGGAUUGUUCUUGAUAUAACGCAGUAUGCGAUGAGCUGCAGUGAGGUGAACGUCAGUAGGAGAAGACAUAAACUGACUCAAGCAGUGCACAGCAAACGUUAUAUCAGGGCGAGUUAUCGUCAAGUAGAGGAGACGACCUAUUAGAGCCCGAAAAGAAGUAGGAUCAGCAAGAGGUAUACCAGAUUCACUACUUAAUUUCACCAAUGGAUCCAUCGGAACUGGACUUGGCUUGCAAGCCAGAAGUCCUGCAUCAGAAAGUAAACUCAACGCAUACUUCCUCU